AUGGCUAUGGGGAGUGCUCCCUUAGAGGUCCUAGAAAAGCAACAAGAAGAGUUGCUUAAAAUCCUCCAAGAAGAUCCUGGUUGUAUUUUAGACAAGUUAACCUCUUGGAGGCUGAUUUCUGAGGAUGAAUAUGAGACGCUAGAGAAAGUUGCGGAUCCCCUGAAGAAGAACCAGAAGCUGUUAGUUUUAGUACAGAAAAAGGGAGAAGUGAGCUAUCACAAUUUUCUUCAGUGCUUACUGAGUAUUUUUCCAGAGUCUGCUACCAUUUUGGGCUUAAGUCACGAAUUUUUAAAACAUGAGAGUAUAGCAUCAUGUUGGUCUGAGGGACUAAGCAAGAAUUCACAAGAUACUUCUUCCCUCAGAAAGAAAAAGCCUGAGAACCCUGAGGUCUUUCGGUCCUCCAUAGAGAAAGAACACUUAGAUUUGAAGAGCUUGGAUCUCUCCAAGGACAAGAAAAGUAGUCUUAGGCAAACUGCUUUGUCCUUUAGAGAAAAGGAGGAAGCAUAUGAUACAACAAAAGUAACAGCUGAGAAAGCUGAAUAUCAAUUUCCAACAACUAUCACACUUUUAAGGGGUGGAGGAAGAUAUGAGGAGGCAGAUGAUUCUCUGCACUUAGGCAAAGGGGAAUAUCAAGAAUCUACUGGAUAUUCUGAAGAUGCAGAAACCACCAUGAAAGAGGGGCACUAUGAUGACCUAGAAUACAUUGUGUACAGUGAUGAAGAGGACAGUACUUAUUCAAAAACCACAGGCUUCUCUGAUGAAGAACAUAAUUAUAAGGAUUUAGAAAACAACAUUUCACUGGAGGAAGAGAAAUGCAUGGAAGAAAGAAAAAAAGUAUUUAAAGAUGUCCUGUCCUGUUUGAACAUGGAUAGAAGCCGAAAGCUUCUGCCGGAUUAUGUUAAGCAAUUUGCCUUAGAUCGAAGAUAUGGGUGGACACCUGAGACUUCAGGAGACUUAGUUUGGAAUUUCCUCAUGAAAGUUCAAGCACUGGAUGUGACAGCCAGGGAUUCAAUUCUCAGGAACCAGGUUCUGGAUGAAAGCAGCCAAGAGAAACUGCUGCUUGGAAUGAAAAAUUUGGAAAUUCAAGACAGAAAAACCAUUAAUCCUCUUGAUGUCCUCUGUGCUUGCAUGCUGUGUUCAGACAGCUCUUUGCGACGUGAAGUUAUGUCAAACAUGUUUCAGUGCCACUUUGCUCUUCCCCUCCUAUUGCCAGAUGCUGAAAAUAACAAAAGCAUCUUAAUGCUAGGGGCCAUGAAGGACAUCGUGAAGAAGCAGUCCACACAGUCCUCAAGGAGGCCCGCGGGAGACACAAAAAUGUUUCUAAGUCUUAUGAAGAUGCCUGUCAUCUCUUUUGUGCGUUUAGGACACUGUAGCUUCUCCAAGUCUAGAAUCCUCAACAUACUGCUUAAUCCUGCCAAAGUGAAAUCACACAGAAUCUUUCUCCAUCAGGAUUUUUCUGGUCUGGUUCUUCCCCGGCAAAUCUCUGAUGGCCUGGUUGAGAUAACAUGGUGUUUCCCCGAUGAUCUAGAGGAAAGCCCUUAUUUUUCUCAAAAACCUGUGGCUGUGGCCAACCUUCGUGGAGAUAUAGAAAUCUUCUGGACACAGUUUGGCUUUUUGAUGGAAGUUUCUUCAGCUGUGUUCCUUUUUACUGACUGCUUAGGUGAGAAGGAAUGGGACUUGCUAAUGUUUCUAGGCGAAGCUGCCAUUGAAAGAUGCUACUUUGUUCUCAGUUCCCAAGCCAGGAAGAAUGAAGAGGCUCAGCAUUUCCAGAGGAUCCUGAAGGUAAAGCCAUCACAGCUACUGUUCUGGGAAGAGGAGGAAGCUGGGGAUAGAAGGAAGAGCAUGAAGGGCUUUCAAGCUGCCCUCCAGGAAGUGAUAUCUUCUUCACUGAGAAAUCUGUCUGUGGAGGACAUGGCCUCUCUGGCCAGGGAGUUGGGGAUCCAAGUGGACCAAGACUUUGAGAAUGCUCAAGGAAGGCAAGUUUGCUCUAGUGCAAACAGAGCUGGAACAGUGACAGGACAACAAAGGCUUCAUCAGCCAAAAAGCUCAUCUGAAAGCCAAGCUCGAAUGCCUACAGGACAGUCUGGGGCUAGAUGGAAGGUCAGGCAGAAUUUUCACCACACUCCAGCAUUAAUGCCUCUUCCAGAAAAAUCCUGGCUUUUACCAAUUGGAAAUAGCUUUAGCCAUCCUUUGAUGAAAGCUCCUGGGGUUAAGGGCUCCCAUUUUGGGUCGGAACAAAGGUCAGUUUGGCUCUCCUCUUUUCCAUUUCAAAAUAUAAGGGAUCAUAGCAGAGAAAAACAUUUUGGUAUUCAAUACUUACAACCCCCGAGAUUUUAUUCAGAUAAAAGAUUCAUGGAAUUUUCAGGAUUGUCUUGGGGAAAUCACUUGAAUGGGACAUUUGGAAGAAUACCAAGACCUAUUUUUCAGCAUGCAUGGGCCUGUCCUGAGAGACCACAAACAAUAGGUACCCUUGAAAUGUCUGGACCAGUCCCUGGCGGGUCACUCCGCUUGUCCCUGGCGGGUCACUCCAGUUCUCUGGCUUCACAGCUGGCAGGAACAGUAGGGAAGCCACAGCCUGGACAAGCCUGCACCUGGGGAACACAGCUAGCUACAGCAUCUGGGAAAUUCGUGAACCCAACAUCCUAUAUUAGAAAUCUUAACCCUCUAGCCUUUCAGCCAGCAGGAGAUAUGCAAAUGCUGGUAAGCUCUGCUUCACAGCAAAGAACUGAACUGGUGACACAUGGUAGGUCUUCAGAUUCAACUUUCCAAACAAGACCCUCUUUGAUGUCUAAGAGCAAACUGUUACCCAGCUCUCAGUUCAAAUCCCACCAGCCCAAGCCAUCUCAGGCGAAGAACCUUCAGGCCCAAUCCUCCCAGCCUGUGCCUUUUCAAUCUAAGUCAUCUCAGAAAAUGAAUUCUCAGCCUCAGGCCUCCUGGGCUAAUCCUUCUCCGUCCAGAUCCACUCAAUCCCAGCCUUCCCAAUCUAAGCCUUUUCAUUCCAGACACAAGUCAUCCCAGGGAAGUCAUCCCCAGGUGAAGGCACCUUCCCAAAGAGCAAGGAGCAAGAGAACAGGGAAACAUUAA